AAUGGCGAUGCGAACAGGCAGCUGGCCAAACCUGCAGGGAUGCCAAUAGUUGGAUACGGCUUGGCUGCUUUGAAAUUUGAACGAGGUUUUUCACCGCGAUUGCAAUUUAUUUGCAAAGAUCCUCCUGGCAAUAUUCAACCAAAUCAAGAUAAAGCAAGACAACGAUGCUUCUCCUCCGCAGUUGCCUCUGGGCAACUCUGCUUUAUGUAGCCAAGGGUACUAGUAGCCCGUGGCAAGGUGGACUGCGACAAGGGAGUUCUGCAAAGGAUGCUGCAGACCAACAACGAGACCUGGCAGGAGAGGUUCCCACUCCACCGCCGUUUGACGAGGAAGAUGAAGAAGAGUGCUGGGAUGCGGAGGUGAACUAUGCCUUUUUUGGAGCCAUGACGGACUCAAGAAACCGUGUUUUCGAAUGCUUGGGUGGAAUCAUUCAACCUUGUGAACCGAUUCCAAUUUGGCAGGCAGAUCUGGAAAGUGUUGGGUUGGAAGCGGCAGGUGUGGCACAACAAUUGGAAUGGGCAGCUGAAUACCUCACGGAUGUUGAUCCUGCAAAAGACUUGUUUAUGCUGUGGGCGGGUGGCAACGACUAUCUGGGACCGUAUCCUGGAUGGACUCCAGGCAACGAUCCCCCCGAAUAUGGAGAACCAUUUCCUCCAGACUUUCCGCCUGAAUUCGCACCUGUGACGGCAGCUUACACAACUCAAAACAUGGCAACUGCGCUGGAUCGAGCCUACUACGAUAUGGAUGCGAGAAUCUUUUUAAUGGGCAACUUCUUGAACCCAUGCUGGACGGUGGUUUGUACCAAAUUUGAAGCCGUUGAUGCUUUUAUACCCGGUUUUUCUACGGGGUUGAAAUUGUAUGCCGACGUCUGGACUGACCAGUUCAACCGAGGUAUGCAAACUGUUGUGGAUGACUUUCUGGCCAUCCACACAGACGCGACAAUCAUGUUUAUGGAUUUCUACUCCAAGUUCGACGAGCUUUUGCAAUCGGGAGAUUUUAUUGCCAAUCUCACUUGUAAAGAUGCCAUCGCCCUGGGCGUGGCUGAUAUUGAUGGCCCUGACAUGAACGGGCAUUACAACUGCAGUGAUUUUGCCUGGACUAAUGAUUUUCACCCAACAUCCACAUUUUGGGGGAGAAUUGUGGAUGAAUCGCUCAUCCCCAUCAUUGAUGAAACCCUCGAGCCCGAAACAGACAUCCGCCGUAUCGUAGUUAUUGGUGACUCCUUCACUGACAAGGGCACCUUUCAAGACACGGCACGCCGUGCCAAUGAAACAUGGGCGGCGACCUGGAACGGUCCUCCUGCCAAUGGAGAGGCCGCCUUUGAUGGCUACAGUUUGAUCGACUUGAUGGAACAAGCAAUGGGUCUAGAGCCCUCUGUCCCGUUCAUUCAGCGCUCAACUUUGGAUGACGCAGUGCCUCCACCGCCGAAACAAGCUUGUCGCCCAAAAUAUGACUGAGCAGCCAUUGGUGGUUCUUGGGAUUUGGUAAAGGCAUUUGUUAGACAUCACAGCUCCUUUGCCAUGUGGUUUCAAAUAUAUAUGAUGCAGUGCAGGUAGCUACGAGUGAUAUUAAAUUACAGUCGAUUGCUU